AACAUAUUCUAAAUUUACAUUUUCCUAUUUAUAUAAAAUUGAAAAAGAAAACGAGAGCGAUGGAGAUGGCGGCGACUUAGGGUUUCCUAUGGUUUUUCGACGGUGGGAGCCAGAAUUUCAACGUGCGAUACAAAAUCGAGCAAAGUCUCAUCAUCAAGAGACUCAGAUCGAAAAGUUAUGGAAGUUACAGGGAGUUUUCGCAAGCAAGUUUAUUCAGGAUCUUUGGAAGUCUUUCUCCAAUAAAGGAAGAUUUGGAAUCGAUGGAUCUGGGGAAUUAUCAAGAUCUUCUGAAUGGAUCUCGAUAUUAGCCACCAUCAAGACAAAAUUUCAGAAUCAUGGAGGUAUAAUUUUCGUUACCAUCUAAACGCAAUCUCACUUUCCUGCAAAGAAGAUUAGGGGGAUUAAUAAGAGAUUUCUUGAGUAUGGCAAUGGGAAAGUAGGGAUUGUGCAAUUGGUUUACAAGGGAAGUUUUACGAUGUUGAUCUGGCUAAUUGAUUUUGAGUUAGAGAUGGUUAGGAACAAAUUUAAAGGAUACGGCAUUCAUGGUAAACAGAUUUGGCGUGGAGAUUGUUACUAUUUGAAGUCUCUAUCAUCAGCAGCCUUUCAAGUCGAAUUAGCAAAGACUCAGGCGGAGCCAUCAGAGGCAAUCACCGACUUUUUAGUGGAGCAGGAUAAGUACAAUGUUGGUGUAGAUUUAAAUGGAAUCAAUGAGGUCGCAGAGGAGGAUUUUCAAAAUCUUACUGAUGGGGAGUUUGAGGAAGAUACUAGGGCCCAUGAGGAAGUGACAGACUUUGUAGAGGAAGGAAAAAUUCUUGAUGAAGCGAAGGGGCAGGAUAGGGUUACUGGGGAUAUACUAAAGAAGCAGGGGGCGCACAAGAGGUUGUUUAAACUAUCGGUAAGCACCGGAGGAAGCACAAAAAUGAGGCUGGUUCAGGCUGGUCGCAAGGGUACCUUAGCCAAGUCAGGCAUUCGCCAGGGAGACGGUACCAAACAGACGGAGGACAAGGGCACGUCAAAUCCUAAACCUGGUCCAGCAAAAACCUCAAUAGAUUUUAUGGAUCACAUCAUUACCGUAACAACGUUAUGGGAACAGUGGCUGGCUUCUGGUUUCUGUUUUUUGAAGGUUUUAUUCUGUUUUGGUCUUGAACCCUCAUUCUGUCUUACGGGUUUGUUUUUGAAUAAAAUUGGAUCGUUUGGUUAUUAUGUCACGGACGGGAUGAAAUUCUCGAGAAGGAAUAUCUACUGUCUUGAGGAUCAAUGGUAUAAUUUAGGUAUUACAGAAGUUUACAGAUAUAAUGGUAUUUGGUUGGUUUCUUGGAACAUACUGGUCCUUUUAUUUUAUUUGCAGCAGAUACUGCAUUUGGUCUCAUCAAACCAAGUGCAGUCCCAGACAGAAUGGUUCGAUACAAAGUCCACAACAGGAUACGCGAGAUUAUACGGUUUCCUUUGGACACCCGGUAUGGACAAGGAAUUUAUUUACUUAAGGUGUCAGUUGUUUGUGACGAUCAUGUUAAACAAGAGUUGGUUUUUGAUUUCAUUAACCUUCAUUCAGGGUUGGUCUCUCGUUUUUAUUUUACUUUUGGUAAAUAAAAUGAAGAUCAUGGGUUCCAUUCGAGACUGGCGGCUCUUUGGAAAAAAUGAGCAUAGUGACUAUAAUCAGCAUGCUGAUCGAAGACGGUGGAGCGUUGUUUUGCCUAGUUCAGAUAUAGUGGCAGUGGGCCUUUGGGGUUACAACUUUAGCGGGUAUCAUUAAACUUGUACCUUUUGGCUCGAAGGAGCAAAAUAAAUAUUUUUAUAUGAAAAUAUUAAGCAGGAAUGUUAGAAGACUUGGGAGUCACUCGACCAUAAGUUUUUUUCGAGAGAUAUGACAUAAACAUAAACAAGAUUUUUUUAUUUUUAUCUGAAACGAAACAGGAUUUCGAUUUUGUACAAAGGUUUCAAUCACACUUUGGAUAUGAUAGUUUGGUUAUUGUGAACCCGAAUGGGAGGAGCGGUGGUUUA